GUGUGUUUGGGCGAGCGGGAGCGGGCGAGGAUGGGCACGGGAUAGAGGCAGAGCCACCCACACCGCCGCAGCCCAGAGCUGGGCAACAGAGCCUCGGAUUUUCCCUUCAAUGGUCGCGGGUCGUCAGAGCUCUAAUAGCCAGAAGCUCCCGCCGCUGUCCUGCGACCCCGGGCAGGUGUAGACACGUGUGGCCGUCCACGCUGUAGGAUCCUCAGUUCCAAGGGCUUUGGACAGUCUUGGGGUUCACAAUGCCGCCACCCGCGGACAUCGUCAAGGUGGCCAUAGAAUGGCCGGGAGCCUACCCCAAGCUCAUGGAAAUCGAUCAGAAAAAGCCACUGUCUGCAAUAAUAAAGGAAGUCUGUGAUGGGUGGUCUCUUGCCAACCAUGAAUAUUUUGCACUGCAACAUGCUGAUAGUUCAAACUUCUACAUCACAGAAAAGAAUCGCAAUGAAAUAAAGAAUGGCACUAUCCUUCGGUUAACUACAUCUCCAGCUCAAAAUGCCCAGCAGCUCCAUGAACGAAUCCAGUCGUCAAGCAUGGACGCCAAACUGGAGGCCCUGAAGGACCUGGCCAGCCUCUCCCGGGAUGUCACCUUUGCCCAGGAGUUUAUAAACCUGGACGGCAUCUCUCUCCUCACCCAGAUGGUUGAAAGCGGCACUGACCGAUACCAGAAAUUGCAGAAGAUUAUGAAGCCUUGCUUUGGAGACAUGCUGUCCUUCACCCUGACGGCCUUUGUGGAGCUGAUGGACCAUGGCAUUGUGUCGUGGGAUACAUUUUCGGUGGCGUUUAUUAAGAAGAUAGCAAGCUUUGUGAACAAGUCAGCCAUAGACAUCUCAAUCCUGCAACGGUCCUUGGCCAUCUUGGAGUCAAUGGUGCUCAAUAGCCAUGAUCUCUACCAGAAGGUGGCACAGGAGAUCACUAUUGGCCAACUCAUUCCUCAUCUUCAAGGAACAGACCAGGAAAUCCAAACCUAUACUAUUGCUGUGAUCAAUGCACUUUUCCUGAAGGCCCCUGAUGAGAGGAGGCAGGAGAUGGCGAAUAUUUUGGCUCAGAAGCAGCUGCGCUCCAUCAUUCUAACACAUGUCAUCCGAGCGCAGCGAGCCAUUAACAAUGAGAUGGCGCACCAGCUCUAUGUUCUCCAAGUUCUCACCUUUAACCUCCUGGAAGACAGGAUGAUGACCAAGAUGGACCCCCAGGACCAGGCUCAAAGAGACAUCAUAUUUGAACUUCGAAGAAUUGCUUUUGAUGCCGAGUCUGAGCCUAACAACAGCAGCGGCAGCAUGGAGAAGCGCAAGUCCAUGUACACGCGGGAUUAUAAAAAACUUGGCUUCAUUAACCAUGUCAACCCUGCCAUGGACUUUACUCAGACUCCUCCUGGAAUGUUGGCUUUGGACAAUAUGCUCUACUUUGCUAAGCACCAUCAGGAUGCAUACAUCCGGAUCGUGCUGGAGAACAGUAGCCGAGAAGAUAAGCAUGAGUGUCCCUUUGGCCGCAGUAGUAUAGAGCUGACCAAGAUGCUGUGUGAGAUAUUGAAAGUGGGCGAGCUGCCUAGUGAGACCUGCAAUGACUUCCACCCGAUGUUCUUCACCCACGACAGAUCCUUUGAGGAGUUUUUCUGCAUCUGCAUCCAGCUCCUGAAUAAGACAUGGAAGGAAAUGAGGGCAACUUCUGAAGACUUCAACAAGGUAAUGCAGGUGGUGAAGGAGCAGGUUAUGAGAGCACUUACAACCAAGCCUAGCUCCCUGGACCAGUUCAAGAGCAAACUGCAGAACCUGAGCUACACCGAGAUCCUGAAAAUCCGCCAGUCUGAGAGGAUGAACCAGGAAGAUUUCCAGUCCCGCCCGAUUUUGGAACUAAAGGAGAAGAUCCAGCCAGAAAUCUUAGAGCUGAUCAAACAACAACGCCUGAACCGUCUGGUGGAAGGGACCUGCUUUAGGAAACUCAAUGCCCGGCGGAGGCAAGACAAGUUUUGGUAUUGUCGGCUUUCUCCAAAUCACAAGGUCCUACAUUAUGGAGACUUGGAAGAAAGCCCUCAGGGAGAAGUGCCCCAUGAUUCCUUGCAGGACAAAUUGCCGGUGGCAGAUAUCAAAGCUGUGGUGACGGGAAAGGACUGUCCUCACAUGAAAGAGAAAGGUGCCCUUAAACAAAACAAGGAGGUGCUUGAACUUGCUUUCUCCAUCUUGUAUGACUCAAACUGCCAACUGAACUUCAUUGCUCCUGACAAGCAUGAGUACUGUAUCUGGACGGAUGGGCUGAAUGCGCUGCUUGGGAAAGACAUGAUGAGCGACCUGACACGGAAUGACCUGGACACCCUGCUCAGCAUGGAAAUUAAGCUCCGCCUCCUGGACCUGGAAAACAUCCAGAUCCCUGACGCACCUCCACCCAUCCCCAAGGAACCCAGCAACUAUGACUUCGUCUAUGACUGUAACUGAAGUGGCCGGGCCCAGACAAGCCCCCCCCCCCCUCCCAAACUGGAAAAUCUAGCUAACAGGAGAGAGGAAGGAAAACAUAACUCGUGCUUUGGAAUCAUCUUUUGGUAAAGGGAAGCUGCAGGUCACCCUCUCUUUGGCGUCACCUCUAACCCCAACAAUUUUUGGCCCCUCCCACCUCCUUGGAUCUGUUUCUGGACUCGCUGCUUUAGAUCACUGCCCAUUGCUGCAGUUCACUGGUGGGACAAUAGCCAAAAGCCACUGCUGGCAAGAGAGCCAUCGGGCAUUUCCAUCCUAAUCCCUGGAAGGCAAAGUCCUUCCUUCCUAGAGUAGGAAAGCCAGCAGCCCCAGACCACAAGGAAUGAAUACCCGGUGGCCUGUGCCUGGAAGAAAUGGCGCAGCUACCUGAUGGGAAGACAAACGCCAUGCUCUCCUUUCCCUUCUCUCGAGGGUCAGCUCAUGUCACCAGGUUCAUUUGAAUUGAGAUCUGCUUUGAGAUCUCUCUCCCCGUCUCCUGACUUGGCCUUGCCCUGGUCCUUUUGGGUCCCAAGGGCAGCGCCAGUAUGCUCAUAGUAAGCCUCGCCAGCACUGGGUCUCCCAAACAGUCCACAGACCCCACGCCCACUCCGCAUCUGCACUGUGACCGUGACCAGCCUCCCGCUGCCCUCUGCGCUAGCUAGUCUUGGGCUUCCUCUCCCUGCCCCAGCCCAGACCUGCCUUCCUCAUUUCCACACAUGCUCCCAGCCUCUUAGCUGAAAGCACAAAUGAAAUCAGUAGUUACACUCCAUCUCUAAUAGACUAAACCUAAAUGCCUCUAUGACGGGCUGUCAAUAUCCGAGGGUUUCGUGUCACCUUCUCCUGGGGAACCUGCUGCAACACAGGUUUUCCAUGGGAUGGUCAAGCUGUCAGACAUCCAAGUUUACAUCGUUGUAAUUAUUACAGGUAUUUACAAUUUGCAAGGUUUUUUUUUUUUUUUUUUUUGCUUUGUUUUUGUACAAAAGAGUCUAACAUUUUUUGCCAAACAGAUAUAUAUUUAAUGAAAAGAAGAGAUACAUAAAUGUGUGUACUUUCCAGGUUUUUUUUAAUUAUUUUAAUCCCAAACAUCCUCCUGAGAAUAACAUUCCCUUAAACAUGCUGUGGAAUAAAAUUAAUCAUGAUGAGUUGGGAGCUGGUGUUUUGAUUUGGUAACUUGGGUUUGGUCUCCUUGGUCAUUGGCAUCAUCUGGGAGCUUGUUAGAAAUGCAAAACCUGGGACCUCACCCCACACCUUCUGAGUCGGUGCUUUGUGUGCACAUUUUGUUUUUAGUUUGGGAAGCACUGGUCUAAAGGACCCUCUUCCACUGAUAGGCUAUUGUAGGCGCUGAGCAUCCGUUAAGGAUGUUACUUCUAGGAAGAUCAUCUUAACUCACCUAGAAAAAGAGACUUGCUGUGUAAAAAUCUGAUCUACUCAUUUUACAUUGUUGCCUCCUGACCACAAUUUUUUUUCCUUUACUAUUAUAACUUUAAAAUGGAUCAAAUUAAAUAGAUCCCAACUUUUAGGGAAUAUAUUUAGCAAUAAAAAAGAAUACAAACCCACAGACCUAAAAUAAGUCAGAACUAAAAUCUAACUGUGAAUUAAUAAAUUACAGGUCAGAGCACAGCCUCAUAUUAUCAUAGUUUAGUUCCACUAGAAACAUCAUCUGGAUCGUAAACUCCAUGAACUUAAAGGACUGACCCAAGAGUCCAAGCAUGCAGAACUCGGCAUAGGCAGCACAAGCCACUGAACUCACAGCACAAGCUUCUUUUGACUGCUCUUCACUGCCAUCAGGAUGUGCAAUUACACACUGACCUGGGGUUGAGAUGACAUGGUCCAGAGCACUCCAUAAAUUGCAGGAAAAAGUCCCUUGUAAUUCGUAGUCAUUCAAACAGGGUCAAUCUUCCCAUCAAAGCACUCACACCCUUGUGUCAAGUCAACAACUGUUCUUAUCAUUAAACUUUCCGUUAUUGACAUA